CUUUCGGCCUAUGCCUAAACCCCGACAAAACCGAAUCUCUUGAGUAGCCGAUCCACUUCGCUUCGCCGAGGGACGAGCAUUCCACACUCCGUCGGACGCCGUCCACCGUUGUGAACCCUGCGUGGUUGUUCUCGGUCCGAUUAGAUUAACACAAGAAAAUGAACAAGGAUAAAAUCUUCAAGCUAGCAAAGGGCUUCCGUGGAAGAGCCAAGAAUUGCAUAAGGAUAGCUAGGGAAAGGGUAGAGAAGGCCUUGCAAUAUUCCUACAGAGAUCGCCGUAACAAAAAGAGGGACAUGCGCUCCCUUUGGAUCCAACGGAUUAAUGCUGGCACCCGCAUUCAUGGUGUUAACUAUGGGAACUUCAUGCACGGGCUGAUGAAGGAGAAUAUCCAGCUUAACAGGAAGGUUUUGUCAGAGAUUUCCAUGCAUGAGCCUUAUAGCUUCAAGGCUUUGGUAGACAUUUCUCGAACUGCUUUUCCUGGAAACAAAAAUGUGGUCAUUCCUCCGAGAAAGGUGGCCUUCUAAAUCGUUUGCCAUUUAAGCACCAGAUUAAUUAGCUUGUAACAGUAGAAUGGUUGAGUAUCUUCAUGCAUUUUUCCUCUUGUACUUAAUUAAUUAAUUACUAUCUGUGAUCUGCUCGUUUUGUUGGAUGCUGCCUCAGUGUUGGUACAAUUUGGCCUUGCUGGGAUUUUUUACUUUUCUCAUAACACAUACAAGUUGUUGCCAUCUAAAGAGAGAACCACCUAAUGGACCUACAUUAGUGACCACUGGAUUGACCGGUGUGACCCGAUUUCAGUUCAGUCGACCCGGCUUCAACCUAGGAAAUUUAGUUAAGCUGGCAGGUUUAAUGGGUUGACCUGUGUUAGAUUAGAUUAGAUUUUAUUUUUUUAUUCCUUUUCUCUUUUGAAUAUUGAACCCUAAAUCAAAUUUGAAUCCUUGAAUUAAUAUUUUUAAUAUUUUCAUUUUGU